UUACCAACGCGCAUUUAUUGACAACACUCGGCAGUAAAUAAGGCUACAAUAAUAUUUCAUUUUUCCUGAUAUGCAUAGUCUCGCGUUAACUAAAUCAGGAAGCUUUUAAAACUGUCAGUCACAAUUAUACAUUUGAAAAGGAUCUACCUAUAAAGAAAAGUCCUACAAGCAGUUAGGAAGAUCGUCGGGAUCAUGGAAGACACAAGUUAGGCCAAAGGCAAGCGAGUUGUACUCUACUUCGAUUACGAGUGGGACCUUUGAGGAUGUUUUAAAAGAUGUACAUUUCGAAGAAAUGGUUACCGGAAAAGAGAAAAUGAUAUAAUAUUAUGAUGCGUCAGUGUGCAUCUUGAUUACAACUUCGCAAAAUGAACAAAUACAUCGCAACACCGUUCUUCCUACUAUUGUCUCUAUAUCUGAGCACUACGCUCGGAUAUUCGGAAAAGCUUUACAAAAACAACUCGGACUUUACAUGUGACUUCAGUAAUAGCUCUUUGAAACUAGUCAUAAACAAUGGUUUCAUCGAAGAAAAUGUUAUAAAGUGUUUAGAAACUUAUAAUUAUACAGAAACACUGGUAAUUAGUAACAGUAGAUUAAAGACUAUUCCAGAAUAUUUAAAUAUAGUAAACAUGCUUAGAAAUUUAGACUUAUCACACAAUGAAAUAUCCACAGUUACAUUUAAUGCAUCAGAGCAAAUUUGUAAAAACCUAACACAACUUCAGUUGGAUAACAAUGAUAUUCGUGUAUUACGAUCAGGACAUCUUGAUUGUUUAGAAUCUCUAGAGAAACUUUCGCUAGCAAACAAUAACUUACAAGUAAUCGAGAAUGGGACAUUUAAUGUCAAAUUAAAGGCGUUAGAUUAUAUCCACCUUGUUAGCAACAACCUGACAUCUGUUGACUUAAGUCUAGUUAGCAAACUCCUAUUGUCGAAAAAGACACAUGUAAUAGUGAAUGCCUCAUUAAACAGUAUAAGUUCAAUCACAAAUUCUAUUAAUAUUACAAUAGAACACUUUUCCAGUUUAACCGAUAUUGGCUUUGUACUUACACAUAAUAAUAUAACGACUGUUGACAAAGAAUAUUAUUUCAAAAUGCUUAAUGUUACACACCCAUACCAACAGCUGCUUAAUAUGUGGAACUGUGGAAUUGAUGCACGUUUUAAUCCGUUUAUUUGUGAUUGUACGCUCUUUCCUUUAGCCUCAGCGCUUAGAGAGUUUUAUACAAUGUUUAAGGAUCACGAUAAUCCUAAUUUUGCAAUAACGUGUGGAAGUCCUAAACGUUUGCAAUCGAAGCGGGUUCGCAAUGUACAAGCUGACCAAUUUAACUGCUCAGUCUCUCAAGAUUGUCCAGAUUCUUGCACUUGUAUGAAAACUAUCGCCAUUGACCUAAUUUCCGUCGAUUGCAAUGAUCAGUACCAUGCAGAUGACCUACCUACAACAUGUCCAGACGCAGACAAGAUAAAUAUUAAUAUUAAAUCAGAUAAUGUGACUAGAAUCUCCUAUAGAGGUUAUCUUUGCAAUGUGACAAUUUUUGAUGUCUCACAAUGUGCCAUUGCUGAUGUAGACCCGACCAUCGCCGAUGUCUUGGCAGGCGCAAGAAAUAGUUCGAUAUACUUACAUGAUAAUAAUUUGGAAACUAUUCCAAAAACAUUUCAGAACUUUAAUUUUAGUGAAGGACAAGUUUUAACCAUUGAUGGAAAUCCAUUCAACUGCGACUGCCAUACAUUAUGGAUGAAACAAUGGCUUUUGUUAAACAAAAAUCACAUUUAUCACCAAAAUAAAAUAUUAUGUGCAACUGGACCCGGCAAAGGUAAGCCAAUCGUUGAAGUUCCGGACAGCAACUUUGUUUGUCAAACAAGUCUUACAUUCGUUGACAUAUUAUUCAUUACCGUUGGAUCACUGUUAGUUAUUAUCAUACUUGUAUCAAUCACUGUUUGCAAAAUAAACAGCAUCCAAGUUUUUAUGAUAUCGCAUUUUAACAUUUGUAAAAGCUGUUUCCGGAAAAGAAAACACCGGCGUUUACGAUAUGAUAUCUUUAUACUACACUCAUGUGAAGACGACGAGAUAAUAGAAGUUGUUACAAAUAAUCUGGAACAUCAUGAUCCGCCAUAUAAAGUAUGCAUUGGAGAGAGAAACUUUGAACCUGGCAAAACAAUAUCUGAAAACAUACUUGUUGCAAUAGAAUCUAGUCAUACGACUUUACUCGUCAUCUCAAACAAUUUUCUUAGAAGUGCUUGGUGCAAUAUGGAAUUCCGAGAAGCCCAUAUGAGAUUCCUAAGAGAUAGGAAUAUAAACAUGGUGCCAGUUAUUUUAGAGGAUCUAGAUACGUCCCUUGUUUACGAGGAGUUGAAAUUAUACUUAGAAACGCACGUGUAUAUAAAAUACAGUGACAAACACUUUUGGGCAAAACUUUUGCAAUGGCUUCCCAUAAUGAUUACAAGUGAUCCUUCUUGCGACGAACAAUCUCCGCUAAUUUCAAAGAUGAAAUAGAUUAUUACUGUUGUAAAUAGAUCUCGCAAACUUGACACAAGCGAUAACGUUUAAGACAGACAAACACUGUAGUCUUCCGGUGUUUAAAAAUUUAGAAUUGUUCCAAUGAAUACGGUUUGUACUUUAGGUAUUUUCAGUAUUUACACUAUAUCCUUUCCGCAGCCUUAACAUACUAAAACGUAUUAGUGUCUGAUGGCCCUUCCACGCUUCCGUAGAAACAACAUUUAUUACACAAAACUUAUUUUGAAAAUAUUUCUGAAAUGUCUAGGUCUGCAGCUCUCAAAUACGGUUAUAUCUUACAUCUGAGGCAUAUACUGACACUCUCAGACAACAUCAGAAAAGAAGUCCACGCGCAUAUAUUUAGACGGGGUGAAUCCUGCGCGUGACUCCUGACUAACUACGAAUCAAAAUGCGUCUUUCGUUUUCAAGUUUAGCAUUUUCUACUUUCAUUUUAUUAAAUUUCGGAAACAGCUGAAGGUCGAGUGACGUUAUUUUCUGUGUUGUUUUUGUCAAAAACAUACAUAUGCCUGGCGAGAUUGCAUAAAUAUGUCCUGGCCGUCCUAAGGAUAUAUAUUUACCAAAACCUAAUUACAAAUGUAUGUGAUCACACGAAACAGUACAAACCCCACGAGAGAAAAAUAUCACACGGGAAGACCGAAUUUGAAAUUGUACCAAGAAUUCAUAUUUAGGACACGGUCAAUUAUUUCUUUACGAGUCUACAAUUUGAUAAGCUAUUGAAAGAUCAAAGAAAGUAAAACAAGAACAACAGGUAGCUGAUUUUGCAAAUAUUUCGAAUUUGCAAUUUGUUAGUUUCGAAACCUGUAGUUUUAAACAUUAUAUGAUAUUAUUUUAUUAGUACGUGAUUAAUUAACGCUUAGAAGUUUAUCUUUCUGUAUGUAAUUUUCAUUUGUCUGUUUAAGGAUUGUUUCAUUUAAUGAUUUUACAAAGAUACACAGUCUUUUUGCUAAAGUAAUAAUUUGUAUCUGUUUAGUAUCCCAUUUUAUUCCGUGUCAGCAUAUGAGCUGGUGACUCAGGUCACAGUUUGACACAAAGAUGUGCCUUUAUCAAAUCACAUAAUUAUAUGCUAAUAAAAAUAAUGAAAAGGACAGAUGAUAUUUUUAAAAUUGAAAGGUCUGCACAGACAAAUCUAAUGACAUUUUGUAUACAAUUUAGAAUGCUUUUUGUUGAAACUAAUACAUAAUACCCGGUAAGCAUAUAAAACAGUACUAUUAAAUGUUGUAUUUGUAUGAAAUUUCGUUAAGUUUAUUAAGUCGGUAUUAAUUUAAGUUUGUAUUUUCUAAUAUCACACAGGAAAUGAUAGCAUGUGAAAUGGCAUGAUAAAUGAGCCACUCGACAUUACGCACUGCACAAUGCAAUGUAACCUCCAAUUUAUAUUGAUUGCCAUUGACAUUGUCUUAUGACUAAGUGAUAACAAAUACUUGAAUCUUGAAUAUGUAUAAUAAUCUUAGUGUACAUUUGUUUGCUUUAUUAUCAUGUGAUGUAAGAAUUAAUAUAAGUAAACGUUUUAUGAAAUAAAAUGCAUGGACACUGUA